UCCACUAUGGUAGAGGUCGAGGGUGGCCAGGGGCUCGAGCUGGUGGAUGGACCCAGCGAGGCCGGGGACACAUGCCACAAUUGCUCAGCAGAACCCAUCUGGACAACAGGCCCAAGACAAUUGAGGUGAAGGGCUUUGAUCUGCCCGAGCUCGAGGAGAUCAAACAGCACUUUCAGCGGUUUGGCGAGAUCGAUAAAGUGGACGUGGUGGAAGAAGUUCCCAGUAUAUUCCUCACCUAUGCCUCCCGACCAUCUGCUGAAGUG